CAUGAAAAUAUCCUUGGUUACUACGGGUCUCAUCACUAUUGCCAUUGCAUUCGUUCAUGCGGCAGACGUCACCUAUUCUGUCAUUGCAUUUCCUGGUUCCGACAAGGUCGGUGUCCAAGUCGCUGGGCAAGAUUACCCGCUCCAAAGAAGUCCUAUGCACGCCAAUCUCUUUACAGGCAUUGCUCCUUUUGCCGCUGAAUACCGUUAUACCAUUCUCAAUAGCCAAGGACAAGCACAGCCAGAAGAGACCACGCGCCAUUUAGACGAUGCUGCCACCACCACAGGCAAUGAGUUUUUCGGUCGCAGCAAGACUGUGUAUGAUAUUCCUGCUCUUCCUCGCGCUUACAAUCCCAUUUAUCCUGCUCUCGCAAGUGACAUGGAUAGAGACAACGAAAUUGCUACACUCAUCCUCCGUGCCAACAUGGAUGCUAUCCAAGCCUUUCUCGACACACCCACCGCAGAACACAAUUUUGCUCAAGUAUAUAACAUGACUUACAUCAACCAUCAUACCGUGUACAACUUUGAAAAUGCGGGCUUGAAAAACGCAGGCCAGUCCUCAAAAGAUAAAGGCAAACAAUCUUACAAGGUCAAGUUCAACAAGUUUGAUAACAGUACCAAGAAAGAUCACCUCUUUGGUCGACGUGCGUUCAAAUUACGUGCAGGUGCAACGGAUCCCACCUUGAUUCGAGAAAAGUUAAUGAUGGACUCUUUAUCUGCUUCUGGUGUGGCUACUUUAAACAGUCAUUGGGUUCGAUUGUUCAUUAAUGACGAGCCAUUUGGUCUGUACCUCAUGACCGAUGAUUCGUUCAAGGGCUUCACGGACAAUCUGAUUCACGGUGGCGAGAAGAUGAAUAGCACUGGUGUUACAAUCAAGGGUAAUGCCAUGGAUCAAGAUACGGAGGCCAAUCUUGUGUAUAACGGUCCUAGUGCCGCCAACUACGAUCACAAUGAUGUGUAUAUUUUAGAAGACAAGGGUCGAGACCCUACUAUUUCCAAGGAGAAUUACAUGGCUCCUCUGAUUGACUUUAUGGACAGAUUAAGCAAGACAGUUGUUGGCACCGAUGCGCAAACACCUGGUACCAUCACCGACUUAAUGGAUAGUGCAGAGCAUACAAUGAUUCAUGCCGCUAUGAGUUUCCUUGCGGGAUCCUGGGACGGAUUCUGGUACCAGGCUUCCAAUUAUUACUUGAACCAAAAUAGGGAAACCAAGAAGUGGUAUUUGAUUACAUAUGAUUUCGAUGAAACCUUUGGCAAUGGGUUAGAAGAUAUUGAAUUGAUGACCACGCCUUACCAAAAAUAUCAACGUCCAGGUUCUAAGCGUCCUCUGAUUGAUGUCUUUAUCAAGUCACCUUACUAUGAGCCCAAGUUUCAAGAGAUUCUCAAGACAUUGAUCAAACGUUUUUAUAACCCUCGCGUGAUCAAACCUCGUUUGGAGGCAUGGACCGCCAUGUUAAAGGAAGACAUUGCAUGGGAUCGCUCGCUUCCUUUCCGCUCGCCUGGCGAUAAAGAAAAGUUUACCGUCAAUGAUCUGAAUAACGCGCUUGUGACUGUAGGUUCAAGAAUGGGCGUGUUGGAAUGGAUCUCCAACCGUACAUCCUCUGUAUGUCAGCAAUUAAACUUCAAUGAUACAGACGACUUACCCGCUUUGCCUUCGGCAUAA